AUGUCAGAGGAAUAUGAUAAUCUUAAAAAGAAGUGUUAUGAAGAAAGUGAUAAAGAAAUAGAUAUAAUUGAAAGUGAUAAAGAAAUUAACAUAAAUGAAAACGAAGGAAGUGAGUCAAUAAACUAUAUGGUUGUUGGUGGUUCAAAAGAAAUAAUAUUUGGCAGUAUCAAUAGGUAUAGCUGUGUAAAUCAGUUGGUGUUAAGGUCAGGCGAAUGUGUUCAGUGCUACGGAAGUCAUGAGGCUAAUCGGGUUUGUCGAGUAACCGUAAGUGAGCCCAUUGAAAUUCCUUCACAAUCGUAUGCAUAUGUAAGUGUGACUAUUCCCGAGAACGAACAGCUCCCCGCAACUGGGUUUAUAGAAAAUUUCAAAACUACAGAUACAAAUUUCCAAGUUAUAGAAGGGUUAGUCGAUCCUCAUAGUUCAAAUGUAGGGGUUGGUGUUAUCAACAAAAGUGAAGAAAAUAUUCUUCUUCAUCAAGGAGAAAGCUUUGGACUUUGCAAAUCGUCCUAUGAAGAGCCGGAAGCUGAGGUAUUGGAAUAUGCGUACAUUUCAGCAAACAAAGCAGCUGAUUACGACCCUCUCAGUGUGCCAGAACAUCUGAAAGCUACAUUUGAAAAGAGUUCAAUUCGCCUUAAUGUGGAAGAAAAGCAACCAUUUGCAGUAGUAUUAAACAAAUAUAAGAAUAUCUUUGUAACAUCAAGCGACGAGUUAGGAUGUACUGAUAAAGUUAAGCAUAAGAUAAAUACUGGUGAUGCACAACCGAUCAAACAAGCUCCAAGACGCCAACCACUGGGUAAACGAGAAAGCGAAAAAGAAGAAGUGGAACGCAUGCUUCAAGAGGGCAUAAUUGAGCCAUCAGAUAGUGAAUGGUCAUCUCCAGUCGUGUUAAUCACUUAG